AUUUACUGAAAUAAAUAUAAACAUGUUAAUUUUGAGUGCACAAAAACUGCAAAUAUGAAGAGAUAACAAGUAGAAAUCUUAUCAAAGCGAUGACAAUAUUUUUGACCGUUGCACCAGGUUUGUUUCAAUGAUUCAUGAGAUUUGUGAGUAGUUCCAAUUCCACGAGGGUUUAGUCUGCAACUAUUUAGUCUAUUUGCAAAUUGUUUUAAUAUAAAACUUUUAGUUUUUAUUGUUGUGAUUAUUGGUAAGUUAUUUUUAUUACCGUUUGUUUUACAGAAAUGUGAGUAGCCUUGAACCUGUUUUGAAAUACCUUGUAUUGUGUGUAUUAUGUAAACAACAAAAUGUUGGAUCAUGGAUGCUAAGCAAGACAAACACUUUCAGCCCAAAAUGGACAUUUUUCCAACACAAUUAAAAUUUUUAUUUAUUUUGAUCAUCCUAUCCGCAAUUCGGGGACAAGAAGAAAACGAAGAACUACUAGCCGAAAUACAACUCUCAAAUUUAGAAUUGCAAGACGAUUGUGAAAAUAUAGCAAAUAAAUAUAAAUCGUCUAUAGUAGGCAACACUUUUAGAGAUAAGAUUACAGCACAAAAAAUCCACAACGAAUUGUUAAGAACUCAGUCUGAAACAUUACGCCACUUUGUUGAAAUCCCCUUCGAUCUUCAAAGAAACUGGGAACUGAUUAUCAAACCUGGAGAUGCCAUUUUGGAAGAGCCAGACUGGAAUACUUUAGUGUCGUAUGAGAUUAGCAUCGAUGAACUGAUUCACACAUUUAAAGUUCAUUGUAAAAAUAAUACGAAGAAUUGUGUUCAAGUCAAAAGAGGCUAUGAUGACUUAAUUGAAACGUCCAGAAAUGCUACUUUACGGAAAAAAACUUGGUAUGCUUGGCAAACUCUACUUUCGACCAAAUUUGAUAAAUUUCAUUCUGUUCUGAAUCUCAUUAACAAAGCAGCACAACUAAACGAAUAUGACGACUCUAGAUUAUAUUGGGAAAAAUUACAAGAUCUAGAAAGUGCCUAUAACUUAGCUGAUGGUUUCUGGGAUCAAAUUAAACCACUUUACUUAAAAUUACAAAAUUACGUCAAAAUCCGGCUUUUGCGUUUUUACAAAACAACUAGUAACGACAUCCCUGUAUAUCUCACAGGGUCAAAUUUUGGAAACGACUGGAGCAGUAUAGCCAACAUAAUUCUACCCCAUCCUCAAAUUUACUACUCAGCUAAGUCGUAUCUGAACCGAACUUCAAUCAAGCAAAUUUACAAAAUGGCCGAACAAGUCACUAAAGACCUAUCUUUGGGGCCUUUCAGUCCCAAAUUUUGGACCAAUAGCCGCUUCAAUAUCCCCUUCUGUGAAAACCACGUGAUCACGUUUUGUUCUCAAGAACAUUCCGAGUUGUUCACUUGUGAUAAAACGUCAUGGGUGCAAUAUUUGAACGCAUUUGAGACUGCAAUUGAACUAGCGUUACGGAACGUCAAUUACGUUGAUUUGGCAAGACUCAAACUGCGAUAUUCGGCCAUUGAUGACGCCAUUGUAGGCCUAGGAUCGAUUUUUGCUAUCAAAAAUCUGCGAGUUCAAGAUGUUUGGAACUACGAGAUAUUUAAAAAUAAUGAUAAUAAAAUGACCGAACUUUUAUUAAUUGCUUUGAGAGUUUUGCCGAAACUUCCAUAUUACUUGGCUGCGGAUAAAUGGCGACUGGACGUAUUACAAAAUGGUGGAAGCGACAUAUCGGCCUCUUGGUGGAAUUUGAGGAAGGAAAUGCAAGGAAUUGAGGGCGUUUUCAAUAACGAAACUGAUUUUCUUGGAGAUCCUUUUAUUGCUUCGAAUAGGCCUUAUUUGAGUAAAUUUCUGGGGACAAUCUUGCAGUUUCAAUUAUUGGAACAUUACAGAAAUCAAUGGCAAUUUGCGAACGAGAGUUUUGCGACGAACUUCGGAAACGAUGAUAAUUUCUUAACAAUGUUGCGCGAGAGAUCAUCCACUGAUUGGCCAACACUGGCCAACAAUUUUGGGAUAUACGAAUUGUCCGCAACGCCACUUUUGGAUUAUUUCGCUCCACUAAAUGACUAUUUGGACUUGACACUGAAUUUAAAACAAGUUGUACCUACAACUACACCAAAACCGGCUUCAAAACUCACAAAAACCGAAGCUAGAAAAAAACUAAAUUUCACUGAAAAAAAGACAAACAUAACAGAAUCAGUUGAAGAUGAACAAAAUGAUGAACCUGAAGUUCCAAGACAUAUUCUUGAAGAUCGUGAAGAAACCCCCAAUCAUGUUAUGGAGAAAGUAACAGUUUUUAUAGGAGUAGGACUUUUAGCAGGUGUCGCUGCAAUUAUAGGAUUUGUGAUAUUUAAGAAAAAGAUGACAAAACAAGGACGGACGAAUAAUAGACGUUUUGAGACAUGAUUAUUUUUGUAUAAGUGUAUUAAAUUAUUAUUUUAUAAUAAAAGGUUUUUUAAAUUGGA